GACCUCGAGCAGCUUCGCGCGGCCAUCGCAGAGCGGGCGCCGGCUCGGGGGCAACUGGGCAUGGCGCGGCAGGCCAGGCACCUCGGCAUCGCGGUCACCGUGGACGCCUGCUGGCGCUGCGCCUUGAGCGCGCUCCUCUUCGUGGCGCAGCUGGAAUGGGUCCCCGCGGAGGCGCGCGCCCAGGAGGAGAAAGCCGUCGAGCGUCUGGUGCCAGGGCCUCCGGGCUGGGCGCCAUCAGCCAUCCCCCAGGCACUCGCGGAGCACGGCCCGACGACCGAGUUGGCUUCGCCCAGCGCCAGUGCCUCGGCGGCGGCUGCCUGGGUGCUCGCGUGGAGAACCACUGGGGCGGCGGCCAUCGCGUUCGGGCGCGUGCCCGGCGGCCCCUGGAGAAGUUGCACGAGGCGCGCGAUGUCAAUCUGGCAACGCUGGCGAGGAUCCGGAUUUCCCCCCUCUGCCGGCUCUCGGCGGCUGCGGAUCGACGAGGUCGCCGACGUCGAGCUGGCGGCGGGGCGCCCUCUUCUGCGCCGAGGGCCGACCCCGACGACAUCCACGCGGAGAGGGCUCGGCAGCGGCAGGCGACGCAGAUGCCCCGGCCUGCUCUCGGCGCCGCCAUGGCGCAUGCAUGCUCGCAAGAAGCUGGACCGGCGGCCGCUGCGCUGGGAUCCCGGCCACGCGACCGCCCCGCGCAGCUGGCGAACGUUGGGCGGCUGCUCAGCGCCCGCGGCGCGCCUCGCGUCGCCGCGGCCUUCCUCCGCGCUGCCGCUAACAGCUGGCGCGCGGCGCGGCGCUUCCAAGGGCGCGCGCCACGUGUCCGGGCUGGCAGUAUGGCAAUUCGCCCAGUGCAACGUGUGCCGCGCCUUCUGUCGCAAGCGCGCGGAGUUGGAGACCCUGGUUGGCUGGGGCAACGAGCCGGGGUGUUCUCUCAAGUUGCCACCUUUGCAGGGCGUGGCUGGAGUCGAGAAGUGCGCGGCAUCGAUGCGCCCAUCCUCGAGCCUGUGCGCUGCGCGCAGGGCGCUGGCCUCGGCGCGGGCUGGAUCGCCCCUGCG